UUUUUAAUUGAUACAACCACAGCAUAUGCGUUUACUCAACCAAUUUCAAAAAGAAUAAACGAAAUAAGAAAAAAAGUUCCUCGUUGGUCACACCAAUUAAUUAACGAGCCCGAACAAUAUGAAAGAGCACUUGAAAAAGACGUGGUGCUGGAUUAUGAAAUCCGCACAAGGCAAUCGAACCCUGUAGUGAUUUAUACGACUAAGCAAGAUAAUAACGAUGCAGACGAAGUGGAUUUGACACAGUAUGCCCAACAAUCUGAUUUUCGUCGAGAUAUAAUCAAAGGUUCCAUGCGUGCUCAAAGACGUAAAAUUCUUAUUUUGGAAUUGUUUCAAGCAAAAGUACAUUCGCCACUUUUUUUCAACCGAACAAAGGAAGCCUCUUUUUAUUCUGUGUAUGUUGUUACACUUAUUAGACGAGUUCAAAGGUAUAUGAGAAAAAAACCAGAAAUUCCACUUUCUCAACAGGAAAAAUUAAAGGAACAAGAAGUAAAGAAAGAAGAAUUAGCGGAAAAAAAAUUAGAAGAAUUUCUAUUAACGCAAAAGGAAGAAAAAAGCAAAACUAGAAGAAGAUAAACAAAUAAAAGUAGC